AUGUAUGUUGUCAAUACCGAGACGGCUGCGUCCUGGGUUUGGGCACUUGCAGAGCACUUGUCCAAAGCCGACGAUUCUCUGGAAUCUAUCGAUAGCGCCAUCCGAGAAAGUCACCAGCAGUUGAACGGGGACACAUUGGACAAGGUGGUAGAUAUUCAUGCCCACAUUGACAAGCUCCUAUCCACUCAAGUAUAUGAAUCAAUCUUCAAGUUACCCUGUCUCGCGCUACGUUUGUACAACGCGCAAAUCAUCUGGCAGAGGGACUUGCAGAAGGAGGUCAGUCUGAGGGACCAACAGAUUUACGAAGAAAUACAGGCAUUGGAUCCCGAAUUGGAAUUGGGUCCCGGAAAGGUAUUGAGUUUAGGAAAGGAUACUUUUCCUCUCAGAUACAUCCGCAUGCUGGUGGCAUGGCAUACCGCUGUCCAUUUCUUCACAUCCCAUAACGUUCUGUUGACCGGCCGGCCCCUGCAGUUCGCCCUUAUUCGCAUCCCACACCCCGACGGAGAUAUGGAGUCGGUGGAAGACGUGAUUAAUGACGAAUUUCUAGCCUCGGUUAUGCAGCGAUUCUUCCCUCCGGGUGUGCAUGUGUCGGAUAUCGCGACGGAGACCAUUUUGAAGAAUCUUCGGUAUGCGAUUCCUCAAAUCAAGAGUUUCCGAGGCUCAGUACACUGCGAGGCCAUUCUCAUGGCCAUCAAGGCCAUGUCGAAUUCCGGAAUUGCAUCAUCUGGCAUUGACAUGUCCGCCAAAAUGGCAAUCUUCCAAGACAUUGACAAUGUCAUCGGUGUUGCUAAGAAAUGCUGUUGGUGCUGCAAUUGGCUGGGUGAGAAUCUUCCUGUGCCAAUGCAGGAAUGUUUCAUCUUACCGGGCUCCCAUGGUAUGAUAUUCCCCUGGUCUCCUCCGAGAUUCGGAAUUCCUCUAGCGACCUUGGCAUCAUUGGAGCGAGAGCUUAUGCAUAAGCUGCAAUUGGUGUUCAUGAAGCUGGGUGUGAUUGUCAUAGAGGACAUAUUAUUACAAGUGCGUCAGUCAUCUCGGGAGCCGGAAGUCGGCCAUUGUCCCUAG